AUGUCGACAACAAAAACUUCAUUUGAUGAUCUUCGAUCAGAAUUCGAUCGUCUUGACGAAGAUAGAGAUGGUUACAUAACUUUAGAUGAAUUUCGUGCAUUUCAUUCGAAAACAACAAAAGAUGAUUCAGCUAUAGUCAAAGCUUUUGCUGCUAUUGAUUCGGAUAAAGAUGGUCUUGUAACAUUUGAAGAAUUUCAACGUGCAUAUAAAGAUUAA